AUGAGGAAGCGGCAACUGGCUGGUAAGGAUCAAGCAAAAUGGUUUGGGACGAGGGACUCGAUCGAGCUAGAGUUGGACUCGAUCGAGCUGCCGAUCGAGCUUGUCGUGCGAGCUCAACUGGUGAAGUGUGAAUGGCUAUGGGAGUCAUUUGGAGCUAAUUGGAACAUUGCCUAUCACUGGAGACUAGUUGAGGAAGGAAAGACUCUGUCUGCCCCAUCUUUCGUCUGGAGGUGGUUUCAUGUCAUUCGGACCAGCGGUUCAGAAGAUACGACGAUUUGGUUGGACUCGACCCACCAGCUCGACCGGCCAGUUUCCAACUCGAUCGAGCUGCUUUUCCAGGAGUCAAAGUCAAACCCGAAAAAUGUUGCUUCCCUUUGA